AUGGCUCGUUGGUUUUUAACUGUACAACAGGCACUGGAUUAUAUGGAAACAUUAGAGUCUGAUGAAUUCUCAGGUAAUGAAUGUAGUAUUACGUGCUUACCACCUGAUCCAAGUAAGGUAACUGACGAGAAAGAUUUUCAGGAAAAUGAUUUAGAUGACGUUUUGCCAGUAGACGUCUGUGGAGAAAUAGAGCUGAAUGUAAAACUUAAUAAAACACGGAAUGCUUCAAGGAAAAAAACAUCUUUGAAAAAGAAGAAGAGGUCUCUCCCUGAAAAUUAUUCUUCGAGUGAUGAAGAUGAUUUGCCUACAAUUGAAAAUAAGCAAGUAAAACCUAAAAAAAUCGCAAAAAUGCGGAAAUCAGUCUCAGUUAUAACAAACGAUACUGGAACGCAAAACAAGAAAAAAUCUAAAAGAAAAUUCUACAAUUGGGACAAAGCUGAUAAAAUGGAUUCUAUUCAAUCAGAAAAAACACCACUAUUAGAAGAAAUUAACCCUGAAUUAGCAGGUAAAACUCCGUAUGAACUGUUUAUAAUGUAUUUUUAUUAUGAUAUUUUGAAUCUGAUAAAAGAAGAAACGUUAAGAUACGCUAAGCAAAACAAUAAUUAUGCAUUUUCCUUAUCUGAAAAGUCGUUAGAUGUGUUUUUAGGAAUCUCUUUGUUUAGCGGAUACCAUUCAUUGUUGCAAGAGGAUUUAUACUGGAGGAAUGCAGAAGAUUGCAAUCUGCCCUUUAUGCAAAAUGCCAUGAGUAGGCAAAAAUUUAGAGAGAUAAAAAAGUGCAUUCAUUUAUGCAAUAAUGAUACAAUUGAUAUCUCUGAUAAGUUGGCCAAAGUGAGUUGCCUUAUUGAGAUGUUUUGUAAUAAAUUGCAACAAUUUGGAACAUUUUCUGAAUACUUAAGUAUUGAUGAGGAAAUGAUUCCUUAUACAGAGAGAUAUUCUGCAAAGAUGUACAUGCGAGGAAAAUUCAUAAAAUUUGGUUAUAAAUUGUGGUUUCUCGUUUCUUCACAAGGAUAUCCAUAUAAUUUGCAGGUUUAUGUGGGAAAAGAAGCAUCAGCUGAAUGUAAUACACCCCUCGGAACAAGAGUUGUCUUAGAUUUGAUAGAAUGUAUAGAAAACAGCCGAAGACAUAAAGUGUACGUUGACAAUUUUUUCAACUCUCUGACUUUGCUGGAAGAAAUGCGAAAAAGGGGAUUCCGUAUAACUGAAACGGUGCGACAGAACAGACUUCAAGAUUGUCCUUUGCAAGACAGCAAGGACUUGGUGAAAAAAGAAAGAGGAACAUCUGUCUGCAUUACAACAAAGAGUGUUAGUGUUGUGAAAUGGAAAGACAAUAAAAAUGUAUGCCUGGCAUCAAAUUUUGAGGGAAUGGAACCUAUAAGACAAGCAAAACGUUGGUGCCAAAAGUUCAGGAGGGAGAUUGAUUUACCUCAGCCUGGAAUAGUUGCCUUCUUGACCGAUUUUUGA